AUGGCAGCAAUCGUCAAUUCCUAUACACCAAAUGCGUAUAAUCAACAUCUUAGUCCAUUAUUAACACAAUAUUAUGGUGCUCAAUUUAUUCCUAACAAAUAUCAUAAAGCAAGAUCGCUUAGGCAACACAAACCACAGCAAAAACCACAACAAAAACGAUUUCGAACACCAACGCCAACCAGAGCACCCGAGCUUGUUGAGCAUAAUAUAAAACAUAUUCGUCCUAGACGUGAACCUCGAAUUCAUCGCCAAGUAAUUGUAUUACCAACACCAGACCCUAUCUAUCGACAAGUACGCCAUCGAUUACCGACACCAGAACGACAAGUUAUUCAUCGAACAUUCGUUCAGAAAGCAAAUGGUGACGUUGUUGUUCAACAAGAACAACAACGACAGAGAAAAAAAUCCACAAGCCAAAAUCGACUUCUUGCUAUUCCACAUAUAGUAUCACCUAAUAAACGUCAACAAAACGUUGGUUAA